CACUAUGUCAUUACUCAUUGUAUUUCUAGUAUUUCUGCUGGUUUGCGUUGCCUAUGUCGGUUACGUUAUUCACAAAAAGGAAAUUAAUCCAAAGGAAAUACGUGUGAGCAACUUUCAGGAUGCAAAGAAGUUGCUCACUUUGCCUUCAAAUUCUGGUCCCCAACGCUAUUUGGCGAAAAGAGCUUGACCGGAAUUAUAUUCAAAUACCGCAUGCAUUUUUCGUGUCAUUCCCACCUGAAGAAUGAAAUGCGAUGUCUACUUACGUUUAGC